AUGGUAAGCUUCGAUGGAAGAGAUAAACACAUUCUUGAUACAAAAUAUAUUUGUCCUUCGUGUUCAUUGAUACUAAAAGAUCCUGUACAACUGACUGAAUGUGGUCAUCGUCUGUGUCGAAUAUGUUUCAAUACUAAACCAGAAACCACCAUUCAAUGUCGACAAUGUCAAUCAGAAACACUACGAAUCAAAGUACGACUUGAUCGAGGCUUCAUAAAUGAAAUGAAAUCAGUACCUAUUGAUUGUUCUUUUUGCCAGUGGACUGGUGUCUUAAAUAAUUAUCAAAAACAUCUUGAUCAAUCUCAUUCAAAUCUCAAAUGUGAAGAUUGUGGUGAACAGUUCAAUUUAGUUAACAAAUUCAAUCAACAUAAAGUCUUUCAAUGUCAACAACUCAUUGUUGACUGUAUAUUGAAAGACUUUGGUUGUAAUGAACGAAUUAUUCGUGCUGAAAUCGGAAAUCACUAUUUGACUGAACAGCAUCAACAUGCUGUACUCAAUGUUGCUCGUCAAAUGUUACUGAAAUUCAACAAUACACAAAUGGAUAUUGAUCUUCCUCGAACAACAACUGCAGGAACUUUAAAUUCUGCUGUUGGUCAAUUAGAAGAGCUUUAUGAAAUGCUCAAUAUCUUGGUAGGUGGCAUUGAAACAUUGACUAGUGAUGAACAACGUCUAACUAAUGAAUCACUUCAAAUACAAACGACACUUCCAACAUUGACAGAAGAUUUAUCAAAAGUUAAAUUAUCCAAUGAAGAAUCAAAUGCUUUGUUGGAAGGAAUCAAAUAUAAUCAAGCCGUUCUCAAUCAAGAUUUAGUAUCAUUGCAAGAAAAAACUAAUGAUUUGCAGUGUGUUUCAUAUGAUGGAACAUUGGUUUGGAAAAUAGCAAACUUUCAAGAGAAAAUGAUUGAUGCACAGUCUGAAAGACAAACAUCAAUUUAUUCACCUCCAUUUUAUUCAUCUCCAAAUGGCUAUAAAAUGAGAGCGCGUGUGUAUUUAAAUGGUGAUGGAAAUGCUCGUCGUACACACAUGUCAGUGUUUUUUGUGCUCAUGCGAGGUUUAAACGAUCCAAUUCUUAAGUUUCCAUUCAACUAUAAAGUCACAUUUUGUUUGUACGAUCAAACGCCUGCACAACGGCAUAUUAUCGAUUCAUUUAGACCAGACAUUAAGUCAAAUAGUUUUCAACGACCUCGAUCGGAUAUGAAUAUAGCCAGUGGUAUACCAAAAUUUAUUCCGUUGGAAAUGAUUCAACAGGAAGGGAAUCCGUACGUACGAGACGAUACAAUGUUCAUCAAAAUUAUGGUUGAUUUUGGAGAAAUACACAAAACAUUAUUACCGUACGCUUUGAGUCUUAAUCCGGGUCUACCAACGCACGUUCAACAAGCAAUGACCAAACAAGAAGCGGAACGAAGAACACAAUUACUACCUGACUAA